AUGAAGCCGCGGGAUAUUUCCGCCCCUGAGCUGAAGCGAUAUGCCAUUGAGAAGGCCUUGUUUUUAGGUAACACUACUGAUGUGUUUAAGGUACGGGAGGUGGGCACAGAUAGGCCCUAUGUGCUGAAACAAAUGUCUUUGCUUCCCAUGGGUGCUGAUGAGAGGAAGCGUGUGCUUCAAGAGAUAUGUGUAAUGAGUGGUGUGGACCAUCCAAACAUUGUUAAGUUUCGUGAAAGCUUUAGUGGCAACACAUCUGUAAAUAUCAUUAUGGAAUGUUGUAAAUGUACACUUGAGGAAAUCAUUAUGCUGCAGCAGGAGGAGGGCCAGCCGUUCCCAGAGGAGGCCAUCAUUGAAUGGAUGGUAGAGUUACUUUCUGGGCUUGCGCACCUUCAUUCACGUCGUGUUGUACAUCGCGAUAUUAAAACAAGCAACAUUUUUGUAACUGAGAAAAACCAUUUAAAAUUAGGCGACUUCGGUGUCUGCACGGUCCUCACAAGCGCCUCCAUAGCAACAAAUAGCAUGGUUGGUACGCCUCUCUAUUUCUCCCCUGAGGUGUGCGCCGGUGACGCCUAUGAUGUUCGCAGUGAUGUAUGGAGUCUCGGUGUUGUCUUCUAUGAGAUGUGUACGUUACGGCGCCCAUUUGAAGCUGAACAUUUACCGGGGUUGCUGCAGCAGGUGCUCACGCGGGACGUUGCACCCUUUGACACGGGGUUAGAUACACGACUUGAGGAGAUCGUUCUUCGUAUGCUUCGGAAGGACCCGAAGGAGCGUCCGACUUCUCAGGAUCUUAUCGACAACCACUUAGUCGUACCACCGAGUCACCCUUCACACGCCUCGCAGAAACCAUCGCGAGGGAGGUUGAUUCAACAGUACUAUGGCCCGGAAUUAUUCUUUAGUUGCGAUGCUGUUACUAGCUGGGGGAAUGAGCGGGGUGCAGAGGAAAAAGCAGCAGUGAUGGCAGUGGAUGAUUGCAGCCGGAAGAAGUUGCAGGUCAGGCAGCAACAGAAGCAUCCGCUCACCGCAAGAGGGCAGACGGGGGCCCCAAAGGUGCCUGGAAACACUGCAGUUCCUGCAAAGAGGAAUAAUAUCCCUAAAAAAGCCACACCAAGGCUUGAUAAGGGUAAAGAAUUAAGUUCUCAGGAGAGAAUGGAGGCAAUGGAGCGCAUCAAGUCAGCGAAGAGUAAAAUCAAUAUGAGUGAGUUGCGCAAAAAUAUGCAGCAGCGCCGUAUGGAACUUCUUGGGAAGGAGAAUGCAGAUGCCGCGGAUGGGGUUCCCGUAGUGAUUGAGCUAAAGCAGGAGCCCCGCUCGUCACAGAGGGCUGAUACCAGCGACAUCAGUUUAUCCCACGAAGAUUUAUCCCGAACAGGGUCGAGUUUCCUUGAUGACAUAGCCGCCGUUUUGGAGCGACACUCCGCGGGUGGGGCAAAGAUUGAUCUCGAUCAACUUGACGACGCUGCAGCGUUGCUGUGUCAGUACAAGGUUACAAAUUAUGGGUUGUGUUGA